AUCACAUGGGGUUGGAGGAGCCACUUAGAGCCGGGGGAGUUCAUGUAACGACAUCAGGAGAUGGCGAGGAGAGGUAGAAAAGCGAGUCAGAAAGGGGAAGUUUACUGGUUUGAGAGGCGUCUGGGUCUGUUGUAGUGAACGUAGUGCUAUUAACCCGUGAAAUAAUAGAUAGAUCAAUCAGCGAAACUCACAGAACUGACUCGGGAGAGAGAGAGAGCAUUCUCGAUCAAGGACUGGGUUUAAUUUCGGGUAAGUCUGCAGUACGAAACCAUGUCGGCCAAGGCGAUCUCCGAACAGACUGGGAAGGAGUUCCUGUAUAAGCACAUCUGCACGUCGGCCGCUGUGCAGAACCGCUUCAGAUACGCCUCUGUGACAACAGACACGAACUGGGAUCGUCUCGUUCAGGAUCACCCCUGGGUCCUCACAGAGCGCCUGGUGGUCAAGCCUGAUCAGCUGAUCAAGCGCCGGGGGAAGCUUGGGCUGGUGGGAGUGAACCUUGACCUGCAGGGUGUGAAGGAGUGGCUCAAACCACGACUCAUGAAGGAAACCACGGUCGCAAAGGCUAAAGGCGUUCUCAAGAAUUUCCUUAUUGAACCGUUUGUACCCCACAAGCAGGAGGAGGAGUUCUACGUGUGUAUCUACGCCUCCCGUGAAGGAGACCACGUGCUGUUCCACCACGAGGGAGGCGUGGAUAUCGGGGACGUGGACUCCAAAGCGCAGAAGUUCCUGGUGGGAGUGGAUGAGAAGCUGACCGAGGCUGACGUCAAGAACCAUCUCCUGGGCCACGCGCCUGCCCACAAGAAAGACAUUUUGGCCAGUUUUGUAGUGGGCCUGUUCAACUUGUACGAAGACCUGUAUUUCACAUACCUGGAGAUCAACCCACUCGUUGUGACCAAGGAUGGAGUGUAUGUGCUGGACAUGGCAGCCAAGAUAGAUGCCACUGCCGACUACAUCUGCAAAGCCAAGUGGGGGGAUGUGGAGUUCCCUCCUCCCUUCGGCAGGGAAGCCUACCCUGAGGAAGCUUACAUUGCUGAUCUGGAUGCCAAGAGUGGAGCCAGUCUGAAGCUGACCAUUCUCAACCCCCGAGGCAGGAUCUGGACCAUGGUGGCUGGGGGGGGAGCCUCGGUUGUCUACAGUGACACCAUCUGUGACCUGGGUGGAGUGGACGAGCUGGCUAAUUAUGGAGAGUACUCUGGAGCCCCUAGCGAGCAGCAGACCUACGAUUAUGCCAAGACCAUCCUGUCAUUGAUGACCAGGGAGAAGCACAGCGAUGGCAAGGUCCUGAUUAUCGGAGGCAGCAUUGCCAAUUUCACCAACGUCGCUGCAACCUUCAAGGGUAUUGUGAGGGCCAUCAGGGAUUACCAGGUACCCCUGAAGGAACAUGAAGUGACAAUCUUCGUGAGGAGAGGGGGCCCCAACUACCAGGAAGGGCUGCGGGUCAUGGGGGAAGUGGGUAAGACCACUGGAAUCCCUAUCCAUGUGUUUGGCACAGAGACCCACAUGACUGCCAUUGUGGGCAUGGCUCUGGGACACCGUCCAAUCCCUAACCAGCCACCCACCGCCGCCCACACCGCCAACUUCCUGCUGAACUCCAGCGGCAGUGCCUCGACCCCAGCUACAAGCCGGACUGCUUCGUUCUCCGAGACGAAGACCUGCAGCGAAGCCACUCCAGCAAAAAAGCCGAAGCCCGGCGUUCCUCCAGAAACGCAGCAUCCCACUUCAGAGAGGGCUCGAGCUAAAGCUACCACCCUGUUCAGCAGCCACACCAAGUCCAUCGUCUGGGGAAUGCAGACCAGGGCAGUGCAGGGCAUGCUGGACUUCGAUUACAUCUGCUCUCGGGUGGAGCCCUCUGUGGCAGCGAUGGUGUACCCCUUCACUGGGGAUCACAAGCAGAAGUUCUACUGGGGCCACAAGGAGAUCCUGAUCCCAGUGUUCAAGAGCAUGGCAGACGCCAUGAAGAAACACCCCAAAGUGGACGUCCUGAUCAACUUCGCCUCCCUGCGCUCUGCCUUUGACAGCAGCAUGGAGACCAUGCAGUAUCCUCAGAUCCACACCAUAGCCAUCAUUGCAGAGGGCAUCCCUGAGGCACAGACCAGGAAACUGAUCAAGAAAGCAGACGAGAAGGGGGUCACCAUCAUCGGACCCGCCACUGUUGGUGGUAUCAAGCCUGGUUGCUAUAAGAUUGGAAACACAGGUGGGAUGCUGGACAACAUCCUGGCCUCCAAGCUGUACCGUCCCGGCAGCGUGGCCUACGUCUCGCGAUCGGGGGGGAUGUCCAACGAACUGAACAACAUCAUCUCCAGGACCACAGACGGUGUCUUCGAGGGGGUGGCAAUUGGAGGGGACAGAUAUCCUGGUUCCACCUUCAUGGAUCACGUGCUGCGUUAUCAGGACACUCCAGGGGUGAAGAUGCUUGUUGUUCUUGGAGAGAUCGGUGGCAGUGAAGAGUAUAAGAUCUGCCAGGGGAUCAAGGAGGGCCGGAUCACGAAGCCUGUGGUAGCCUGGUGUAUUGGGACCUGCGCCACCAUGUUCUCCUCUGAGGUCCAGUUUGGUCAUGCAGGAGCCUGUGCUAACCAGGCCUCUGAGAAUGCUGUAGCCAAGAACGAGGCUCUGAGGGAGGCUGGAGCCUUCGUGCCCAAGAGCUUCGAUGAGCUAGGCGACGCCAUCAAGUCUGUGUAUGACGAGCUUGUUGCUGAGGGUGUGAUCGUGCCUGCAAAAGAAGUGCCUCCUCCCACAGUGCCAAUGGAUUACUCCUGGGCUCGGGAACUGGGUCUAAUCCGCAAGCCAGCCUCCUUCAUGACGAGUAUUUGUGACGAGCGGGGCCAGGAGCUUCUCUACGCAGGGAUGCCCAUCACAGAGGUGUUCAAGGAGGAGAUGGGCAUCGGGGGAGUGCUGGGGCUGCUCUGGUUCCAGAGGAGGCUGCCUCGCUACGCCUGCCAGUUAAUCGAGAUGUGCCUGAUGGUUACCGCAGACCACGGGCCUGCAGUGUCAGGUGCACACAACACCAUCGUCUGUGCCAGAGCCGGGAAGGACCUCAUCUCCAGCCUCACCUCCGGGCUGCUCACCAUCGGGGACCGGUUCGGUGGUGCUUUAGACGCUGCAGCCAAGCAGUUUAGCAAAGCCUUCGACAGCAGCCUCAUCCCCAUGGAGUUUGUGAACAAGAUGAAGAAGGAAGGCAAGCUGAUCAUGGGGAUCGGACACAGAGUAAAGUCUAUAAACAACCCAGACAUGAGGGUUCAGAUUCUAAAGGACUUUGUGAAGCAGAACUUCCCAGCCACUCCUUUGCUGGAUUACGCUCUGGAAGUGGAGAAAAUCACAACUUCCAAGAAACCCAACCUCAUCCUCAAUGUCGACGGCUUCAUUGGCGUGGCGUUUGUGGAUCUGCUGAGGACCUGCGGGGGCUUCACGCGGGAGGAAGCCGAUGAAUACGUGGAUAUUGGCGCUUUGAAUGGCAUCUUCGUACUGGGCAGGAGCAUGGGGUUCAUUGGACACUAUUUGGACCAGAAGAGGCUGAAGCAGGGUCUAUACCGCCACCCCUGGGAUGACAUCUCCUAUGUUCUUCCUGAACACAUGACCAUGUAAUACCAUAGAAGCCCUGGAGUGCCACCUGGUGGGCCGUUGAAGUUUUUUUUUUUUUCUCUGCACUGAAGACUGAUUGAACUGAGAGGGAAGGGGGUUGGGUUAGGGGUUAACUAUUAUAUUUUCUUCAUAUUCCACAACGAGUGUAACUUUUAAUAAACAAAACAACAGCAAUGCAACUGAACUGUGCGAUCAGACCUCUAGUUUUAAUAAUCCGAUCUUGAAAGGGGCGAUUUGCUACAGUUUUGAAGCUAUCUAUGUUGCGUGCUUACAGCAGUAGAGCAAUAAUGUAACAGAGCUAUAGCCUUGCUGUGUGUGUCACUGUGUUACAAUUGUGUUUUGAUGGGAUCCUCUCAUGCAAUGCUAUCAAUUUGUUCAAUACUAGCAAUAGAAAAAGCCAUAUAGCAAGGAAUAUGUACAGGUUUUAGGUGUAGUUUGUGAAAAAUAAGUGUAUUUUGAGUGGGGUGAAAAAAAAUAUUGCUGAUCUAAGCAAUAGUUGUAAAUGGUUAUGAAAAGCAUUAAGCUUGCAAGUGAAUGUGAAAAGCGAUCUCGCUAUUGCUGAUUUUCAUGCACUGUUUGAUUAGGGGGAAGAUUGUUUUAAUUAGAAAAGGGUUAUCCUAACAAUAGGGAUCACACAGAGCCUUGCAACGUUUCAUUUUCAAGCCAAGUCACAAAAUGCCACUUUUGCGAAGGCUGCUACCAGUAUAUCAACUUAUGGGCACAUUUAUUUUUUUAUUUUUUAAUGAUUAAAAGGACCAUGCAAAGUAUAAAUGAGAUUUAUCUUAGUAAAGAAUUUGUUGCUAAAUGUGUAACGUUUUAUAAAAACCUGCUUUGCAAAUCAAACUUGCAACAGGGUAGCAUCUUAACAUGGUAACAUAUGGGACCACGUUAUCAAACAGUGUGGUGGUGUUUUUUUUUGUUAUUUUUUUUAAUUGUAGAUUAGCUUUAACUCCGUUACUGUGAGAGGGGCUUGGAACAGGAAGCCUUUGCUUUCAUUUUCAACUGCUUGUUUAGUAUUGUCUAAAUCCAAGAUGCAUCACCUGUACUCCCAAACACAGAGCAACCUGCUUUUACCGUUGUAUUUUACUUGAUGUUAAAUGUGCAGCAACAUGACAUUAUUAUAAUCUGGAGAAAAAGAACUGUAAUCCUGUAGUGUAAGUUCAAAAUAAAGAACUGCUUAGUCAAA